AUGCGCGCUUUCACGACAACAACGGCCUUGACGCUCGCGGUUGCGACUCAUGUCGCUGCAUCGCGCGGUUCCCCGAAGCCCACCACCUCAUCCUGGAACACGUACACAGUGGCACACACCGACGGCGCGGACGACGUUCCUACACUCACGGCUGCACUGUCUUCGGGCAAUAUCACGGCCAACUCUACGAUUUUGUUCAAGAAGGGUACCACGUACAACAUUUGGUCUGCGCUUCAGUUCCCUACCUUGAACAAUGUCGAGGUUGCUAUCGAGGGUAAUCUCACUUACCCGGAAAGCAUCACCGACGUUCAGAAUGUUGUCGCUGCCUCGGGUUUCCCAGGUGCAUGGAUCUCGUUUGUCGGUGGAACGAACGUCACGCUCCGCGGUACCACUGACCCGAAGUGGGGAUGGAUUGACGCUCAUGGUCAACAGUGGUGGGACGCUGUCCAGCAGACCAACCGCCCUCAUGGUAUCUACUUCAGGAAGAUCGUAGGUGGUACCAUCAAGAACGUCAAGUUGUGGAAGCCCAUCGGAUGGUGCUUCAGCACCAGCGGCUCCUCCAAUGUCGAUGUUCUCGACAAUACGAUUCUCGCAAAGUCAGACACAGAUGCUUUCCCCUUCAACACCGAUGGCGUCGAUGUCGGCGGAACCAAUAUCACGCUCAAAGGCAACUACAUCGUCAACGGCGAUGACUGUAUCACCAUCGGCAGCGGCACCACGAAUGUUCAUGCGUCGAACGGAUACUGCGAGGGAGGGCACGGUCUGUCCAUCGGCUCGCUCGGCAGCGGCGGCUCGGUUGCGCAAGUGAACAACAUCUACUUCGAGAACUUCGUCAUGAAAGACUCCCUGUAUGCCGCUCGCUUCAAGAGCUGGGCCGGUGGUAACGGCUUGGCCAAGGACAUCACAUGGAAGGACAUUGCAUUCUCCAAGGUCAUGAUCCCCAUCUACAUUACACAAAACUACUAUGACCAAGAGAAGGGCAAGCCGACGGGUGCCGGCUCAAAUGAGACGCACAUCGAGAACAUGCUCUUCCAGAACUUUGCCGGUACCAUCGACGACUCCGGCAAGGUUGAGGGCUCCUGCGUCACCGACCCCUGUUGGUACAACGUCGACGGCAUGACCGGGAAGGAAGUCAUCAUCCUUGACCUCUACCCGAACACGACCUCGAACAUCCGCGCUAAGGACGUAUUUGCGACGACAGUCAGCCACUCACCUGUGCGGGUGAUGUGCAACUCCACGACCGUCGACAACGACGUUGGCUUUAAGUGCGUUGAUGGCUUGUACAAGCCCGACGCUGCGGGACUGUUCUGA